AUGACCGUCCGAGAUGCUCUUAAUGCUGCCAUGGAAGAAGAAAUGAUUCGGGACGAGAAAGUGUAUAUCAUGGGCGAAGAGGUUGCGCGCUACAACGGAGCUUACAAGGUCACCAAAGGUCUUCUCGACAAGUUCGGCGAGAAGAGAGUCGUUGAUACACCUAUCACGGAAAUGGGUUUUGCUGGCAUUGCUGUUGGUUCAGCACUUGCAGGUCUCCGCCCAAUAUGCGAAUUCAUGACUUUCAAUUUUGCAAUGCAAGCUAUUGACCAAAUAGUCAACUCUGCUGGAAAGACAUAUUACAUGUCGGGUGGAAAUGUGCCUUGUCCAGUGGUAUUCCGAGGUCCCAAUGGUGCAGCUGCGGGUGUCGGAGCACAACAUUCACAAGAUUAUGCCUCUUGGUAUGGUCAGGUCCCUGGUUUGAAAGUUGUCAGUCCAUGGAGUGCGGAAGACUGCAAGGGCCUUCUUAAGUCCGCUAUCCGUGAUCCCAACCCCGUUGUUUUCCUUGAAAACGAGAUGUUGUACGGUGUUUCCUUCCCCAUGUCUGCAGAGGCCAUGUCCGACAACUUCCUUCUUCCAUUUGGAAAAGCGAAGGUUGAACGGGAAGGAAGCGAUGUGACCAUUGUUGCACACAGUAAAAUGGUGACACACAGUCUUGAGGCCGCUGAACUUCUUGCAAAAGAGGGUAUUAAGGCAGAAGUCAUUAACCUGCGCAGCAUCCGUCCUCUAGACAUUGACACUAUCAAAAGCUCAGUUAAGAAGACCAACCGACUUCUCAUCGUUGAGGGUGGUUUCCCCGCUUUUGGUGUCGGCAGUGAAAUCUGUGCGCAAAUUGUUGAGAGUGAAGCUUUCGACUAUCUCGACGCGCCUGUCGAGCGUAUCACUGGUGCCGAUGUACCUACUCCCUACGCUGCUAAUCUCGAAGAACUUGCUUUCCCCGACACUAACCUUAUCGUAAAGGUCGCAAAACGUUCCUUGUACAGGACCAACUAG